AGGGAGUAUCUCUUAUUAUCCUUCGAUAGUUGUGGCGGUUCUUAUCAUAAUAAUAACAAUAGUGACGAUGAGAUUCCUGCGGAAUCUCAAAGGACGGUUCCUGCCACUUCCUCCCGGCCCAAAAGGUUGGCCUCUACUAGGAAGCCUCCCAGAAAUGGUGAUAGCGCAAAAAAGGAUGAUUCCAUCACGAUGGAUACUAAAACUCAUGGAUGAAAUGAAGACAGAAAUCGCUUGCAUCCGGCUCGGGUCCACUUACAUCAUCCCUGUCUCGUCUCCUGAGCUGGCAAAUGAGUUCUUAAAGAAACAAGACAAAGUUUUCUCACUAAGGCCAACUUUCACAUCUUUAAACAUCACCUCUAAUGGAUUUAAGACCGUCUUUUCUAUGCCCCCCAACGACAAGUGGAAAAAAAUGAGGCGAAUUCUCGCGUCUCACGUCUUAUCUCCAACCGUUCUUGAUUGGCUUCAAGGUAAAAGAAUGGAUGAAGCUGAUCAUCUUGUGCGCUCCAUAUACAAUAACUCCUCAUCAAUUGUGGAUGUGAGAUCUAUCGCGCGACACUAUUGUGGAAAUGUUAUAAGGAGAAUGACACUUGGAAAAAGAUAUUUUGACAAUAGUAACAAUAGGAAUGGAAGGCCACCUGGGCCGCAAGAGGAAGAGAAUGUUGAGGCAUUAUUCACACUCCUCAGUUAUACCUUCGGGUUUGGCAUUGCUGACUACAUGCCAUGGCUUGGUGUAUUUGAUAUUGACGGCCACAUCAGCAUGCUAAACAAAGCCUUCAAGAGUGCUAGAAAGUAUAUCGAUCCGGUAAUCGAUGAGAGAAUCUCAAUGUGGAAAAAUGGAAAUAUGACGGUCAAAGAUGACUUGGUUGAUGUUCUAAUUACACUCCAUAAUGAGGUUGAUGGAUCACCAUUGCUCACUCAUGACGAGAUUAAAGACCUCAUCUUUGAAAUGAUGAUAGCAACAGUUGACAACCCAUCAAACGCAUUUGAGUGGGCAUUGGCUGAAAUGCUAAAUCAACCUCACAUAUUAGAAAAAGCUACACAGGAGUUAGACAGUGUGGUUGGGAGAGAGAGGUUUGUCCAUGAAACUGACCUGUCUCGGUUAAACUACAUAAAGGCAUGUAUACGCGAGACAUUUCGUCUCCACCCCAUUGCCCCCUUUAAUGUCCCACACGUUUCUUCCGAAAAUGCAAUAGUCGGUGGUUAUUUCAUUCCCAAAGGCAGUAUUAUCUUAGCCAGUCGUUAUGGGCUCGGUCGGAAUCCUAGGGUAUGGGAGGAUGAGCUCAAGUUCAUUCCAGAAAGGCACCUCAAUGGAUGGCCAACUAAUGAAGUGGUUUUGACAGAUCUUGAAUCUAAGGUGCUUUCAUUCAGUACAGGAAGACGAGGGUGCGUUGGAGUUAGACUAGGCUCUCUAAUAACAACAAUGUUGUUUGCUAGGCUUCUCCAAGCCUUCACAUGGACCACUCCACCUAUUUCACCAACAAUACCCUUAGUUGAGUCUAAGCGUGACUUUUCUAUUCAAAAUCCACUCCGCGCUAUCGCGAGGCCUCGCUUGCCAAAUUCUUUGUACCGGGCUGCUUGAUGACAACUCAAGUAAACAUUUGUUACAAUUUGUGAUUUUAGCCUGCGAGAUUAUCAAAAUAUCAAUGCCAU